AUGCUCGUCACCAAGAAGCGCCUGCCAGCCCUUCUUGCCGUGCUCGGCGCCUGCUUGUUGAUGGCGGCGUUGGUGGUGGUGCAUCAGUAUCAGGUGGUACUGGAAAGCAGCUCAAGCAACAAUUUCAUCGAGCUGGAGAAGGAAUACGCCAAGUUGCAUCCGGUGUAUAUCAGAUGCGCGAAGAAAGUCGACAUGCCGGAUUUUGUCAAUUUCAUCCUCAAGACUUGCGGCAACAUUCACGAGAUUGAGCAUCUGCAUCAUACCUGCACCAAUGCCAUGCGGGUUGAAAGUUUCCGUGGCAUCCUCGUAGAUUUGACGUCGCUCCAGGCCAAGUCGAAAGCUUUCGGAUGCUGCUGGGAGACUGUGAUGGAGGCGUAUGAGGCGAUCGACGCCAAUGUUUCUCACCAGUGGAGGCUCUGGCAGGGAACAUUGAGCGGCAAGGCUGGAGUUACUUUCGAGGAUGAAAGCUGCGGCAACAGUGUGGGCGAAAAGGGUUACAAUCAACUGAAGAAGGAGGUUGGAGAUCUCACUCGAGUCGUCGCUCGGCAGGAGGACUACAUCGAUCAAGUUCAGCGUCGCGAGCUUGAGCUCGAGCGGAUGAUCUCUUCUCAGAGAUAUCACUACUACGACCCCUACUACUACGGAAGGGGAGGAGGCGGGGGAGGGGGUGACUCGGAAGCAGGCUAUGACAGCACAACCGGGAUGUACUGGAAGGAUGGCAGACCAGCGUCGCUUGCUCGCACAGAGGAAUCGAAAGACGCCUCGCUGCCUGCGCCUCCGACGAAGAUGAGCAAGCACAAGGAGGAGCAGGCAGACCGACGGCUGAGCAUGAAGAGGGAGAAGGCGAGCACGCAGCAGAAGAGCCUCUGGCCUUCAUGGCGGGACUGGCUCUUGAUCAGCGCGAUCCGCAAUCACAAUGCUGCAGCAGCGUCAGCGUACGAGGCUGCAAGGAGAGCGGACGCGGCAGCGAGAGAGCAUGCAGACAUGGCGAGCGCGUACAAGCAGCAGAGCAAUGACAUCAGCUCCAAGUACUCGGAUGUCGUGGACUCGCACAAGGCAGCGCUGGAUGCAGCCGGCAUCGCCAAGGAGGCUGCCGACUACGCGGAGACAGCGAGGACCGAGGCAGAGCAGCACAGAGACAUCGCUAAGCAUGCUCGUGACGUCGCCGUCACUGCCGUGUCAGCCACGUCUGGCGGAGCUCCUCUUGUCCCCUUGUCCGGCACUGUCCCUCCCACCGGCGGUACUGCCGCUUUCUUCGCGCAGAAUGACCCCGCGGACAAGGGCGUGAAGGUUCUGCGCAAGCAGGGCGUCAACGUGUGA